GAUCUCACCCUUUGACGGGGACUUUGAGAUCUCAGCCAAGCCGGAGCCUGACGUGCCCGCGCCAAGGGAAGACCUCCUUGCCUUCCUGGACGGCUUCCACACGGACACCAAGGGCCCACAGCUGGUUGAGCACAUGUUCGCCAGCUUUGCAAACCGUGAGGCAGCGACCGAGACCGUGCGCGGGGAGAAGUACCUCUCCAACGAGCGGCCUUUCGCCGCCUCCAUCGAGACGAAGCAGCCAUACGAUAAGCUUCUGCUGGACUUGAUCAACCAGGGCAAAGAGUCCCUUGAAAAGGUGCUCUUCAUGGUGGCUGCCCACAACAAGCUGGCCGACCGCAGCGAAGUCGUCAUGGGCGUCAUCCGCGAGAUGUUGGCCGCAGAAGGGUCUGGCAUGUCCUGUAUGUACGUCCCCGAUAUGCGCAUGGAGGACGACAUGGCUGCAGCGGUGCAGGAGACAUCAUGA